AUGAUGUACGAUCCUCUCGUCUCUGGCUUCGCCGACGACAGAGGCGACGGCGCAGUCACCCCCCCAUGGCCGACCACCCCGCACCCGCCCAACUCCCCCGUCCCCAAUCUGCGUCGCGCACCCUCCCCGCUCCCUCGAACACCGGACAAACUGACCACCUCGGGCCUCUAUGGCAAGGAACCACAAAUAUACGGGCAGCCCGAGCCUGGCCUCAUAUCCCCCCGCCAGAACGUCAGCUCCAACGGCGUGAGCUACGAGAAGCCUGAACCUUACCUCAAGGUCAGGAUCACGGGGCUCGACAGGAACAGGCGGGAUAUCCUCGUCAAGCUCGAUGCACAGGCGAGUACUACACGCCCGCUCCCGUUCUCGCGCGAGCGACGCCGUCGUUUUGGCUUCUACGACACGAUCAUACACAACAACCCCCAGACCAUUGUUCCCGCCCUCCCCCUCGCCCAGACCUCCGCACCGACAGACGAGGAGGACGACCGGCUUGUUCGCAUCAUGCUCCAGCGCUGGCUGUCGCGUGUCUGCAACGACCCCAUACUACUCCACGAUGAGGAAUUGCGCUCAUUCAUCGAAAGCGACUUCGGCUACCAGCCGACACCGCGCCCGAGGCGAAAGACGUCGUCCGGAUUUGGGCUCAUCCGGCGUCACGUCCCCGACGAGGACGAGGAGCUACAGCGCGCCCGGUUCGAGCUGACGAGGCUGGAGGGCCAGUUUUUUGACGCGGCCAAGGCGCUCGACAAGGUGUCCAAGUCGCGAAAAACUUUGGCUCUCGCCCACGCCGAAAUGGGCAACAAGCUGGUCAAUAUCGCGACGACGGAGACACAUCCGCCCAUUGGGAGCGCGAUGCGCAAGCUUGGCCGAACAUGGCACAGCCUCGCUGACCUCGACCAGGCGCAGGCUAUCAGUGAAUGCGUCAUUCUGAGCGACUCCCUCGGCUAUCAGGGUCUCAACGCUCGAUCAGCCAAAGAAACACUCCAACAGCGGACGGCUGUCUUGGAGGAGUAUCAAUCUGCUGUCAAGUCGGCGAUAUCGAAGCGGCGGCACAUUGAACGACUAAAGGCGAGUGCCAAUAUUCGGCCGGAGAAGGUCGAUGAGGCGUUGGAAGACAUGGAAGAGGCGAAUAAAUAUGAGCAAAUCCUUGCCCGGCGUGCAGAGGGCAUCUCCCAAAACCUACACCGCUCUCUGCAAAUGCACAAACAGUUGGUGACUGACGACAUUACAACGGCGCUGAUCGAGCAUACACGAUCUGCUAUUAUGUACGAGCGCCAGCUCUUGCGCGAGCUGGAGUCGCUCCGACCCGACAUCAACAAUGCCAACGCGAAAGCGCCACCUAAGCCGAAUGGCGUGCCCCGGCCGCUGAUCGUCCCUCCACUGGAAGACUAUAGCGCCAAGCCGCAGCCCCGCAUUGACCCUGCCCCUGCCCCUGCCCCGUCGACCUCGGACCGUACCCGUACCGCCAGCCCAUUCUCGCCGGGGGCAACCGGCCUGCCCUCCGGCGUCGCGUCGCCCUACCUCUCGGGGCGCUCAAGCUUGAGCUCAACCCCACUUCCACCACAAUCCCCCGGCGCCGGGUCGUCCAAAUUCUUCGUUUCAUCACAGCCCCAACAGCAGCAGCAGCAGCCACCGCUACAGCGACCAGCGUUUGCGGCGCCCCCGACAGCUUCGGGUAUUGCCCCCUCGCCCACUCCUAUACGCAGCACUGAACCGCCGCUCGGCGGUCGCUUCGUGGACGGAACCAAGUCCAUGUUUGUCAAACCCACCAUGUCGUCCCCGUCCGCGCCCUCCGGCCCUCAGUCGGCCUCAGCACAGGGCCCGCCUUUGCCGGACGACCCGCUCUCCAGACCUGGGGCCAUGGCAUCCCCGCUGGCGGAUUUUGUCCCGCGACCCGCGACGUCGAACGGAAUGACAUCGCAUUCGGACGGGCUUGACCCGCUAGGACAGGCGCGGCCGACUUUUAUGUCUGCGUCGAUGCGGGUACCGACUCGGCCGAGAUUGGAUGCUAGGGAGGCGGCCAGCAAACUUGCCAAUAUGUUUUAAGAUAUCUUUGGUAUUUAGUACAUGCAGAUCGCGUACAUUUCGGACUGGUUUCUGGAGCAAAGGAAUAUCAUGUUUGUUGUGUUUUAAUGUGG